GCCUAGAGGCGUGGAAACUCGCGCGGAGAACGAAUUUCUUAGUCACAAAAAAAAGAGCUAGAGCAGAGCAGAGAAACAGCUCGCCUGAAGAGAACAGAGUGGAAGGACUCAGACGCAACCGACUGCACUGCUCAUGCGUGACCGUCUUCUCCUGCUGCGUCGUCUUUCUUUCCGGCUUCGUCUCCGUAUCUUCUCUUUCGUCUCCUGCUCUUCUUUGUUCCUCAGUGUUCCUUCGUUUUGCAGCGAGUCUCGAAGGCGCGCAAGAGCGAACCGCGAAGAGACUCGAAAAGCGCUCCCUCGUCCACUCUGCCGUUUCGCCGUGAAGACACUGUGCCAUGGUAAAGGACAGAAAGAUUCCUUGCCGGUCUUCGUCUUCUUCAGAACACAACCCUCUCACGAGAGCCUUUGGCUCUCCUCUUCUUCAGUCGCUUCGCGCGGCUUCUCUACGAGCGAAUCUCGCGGACCUUCCAAGAGGACCCUCUCCACUCUGGCAGACGUUGCUCACUCCUCUUUCUCCUUCUUCUCGCCGUUUCCUCUCCGAUUCCCCCCCUCUUCUCGAGAGAAAUCGCAGCAAUGGCGACUCCGACCCUCUCCCCUAACGACCCUCGGGACUUCCAGAACAUCGUGGCGUACGUCCAGCCGGCGCCGAAGGAGCAGGAGGCGGAGGCGAUGACUUUCGUUUGUUUGCCGCUGGUCUUGGGAGCAGUUGUGUUCCAACUCCACUUCCUUUUCUACGUCUGCUUCCUCUUGAUUUUCGCCAGCUGGGUGUCUGCCAAGUACGGCGAAUUCAACUUCCAACAGUACUCCUCCGUCAUCAUGAUGUGCGUCAUGGGAUUCACCAUGCCUCUCCUUCAACAGACAGGCCGACGCCCGGCCGCGCCAACCGCCGCGCCGCCUGCGCCUCCUGCCGCCUGAGGGAUGCCUGUGCACCAGUGAAGCAGCCAGACUUCUGUCGCUGUGCCUUUUCCUCUGAAACGAAUCCUUCUCAAGGUCUUACGCGGCUGGACGUGCAAAGACUGUGUCCUCAGAACGCUUCGCUCUCCUAACGCACUGCUUUCUGCGGUCUCCUCUCACUGGCCUCGCUGCUUUGACGACUGCGUCUUCCUGAGAUCUUUGUCCUCACUUCCACCCCCACCGCCUACCGUGCUGAAGAUUCACCCUCACUUGCCCGUCUGCGCGCAAACAAUUGCGCGUAAAAAUUGAUCGAGCCGACACACACACACACCCGACACAGAGAUACAGACCUCCA